GUUGCAAGGCCUCACUUCCAUUCUUCUUCCGUCUUCGUCUUCUAGUAUUCGCCCCUCACAUACCCUCCCUUCCAUCAAGCGUUACCUCGCCUCACCCAACCAAACCGUCUCUCGCCCUCUUCCCACUUCUCCGAUUGCUCUCUCUCUCUCUCGCUCUCUCUGUCUUUCUGCGUUGCUCACUUAACCGAAGUUGUAUUUGGAUUCAGUUGCGUUUUUCGGAGUUCUCUACGCGCGCAUGUGUGUUAUCGCGCUUGGCUUUCUGUGUCUAUAUUCCUGUGCUGGUUCUACUGGUAAAUUCAUUGGACUGAACACCGGGGUGUUUGUCAUCAGUUGUCGUAGGAAAAGGCUUGCGGCAGGUUUUGCCCCGUGAGUUUGACGUGGAAGUUUGAGAGGCGCGUUGGUUUUUGAGUGGAAGCAGCAACUGUGGAGGAAACUAGGGGGAGAAGCGCGCAAAGAAGUAGAAGUAGGAUUCAGGUUGCAGGUGGACAGGGGUGUGAGACCAGUGAAUGAGGAGGUUGUUGAGCACGUAGCCGCAGAGUCACUCGGUUCACCUUCUUGGCCAUGUCGAAGUUAAGGAAGUGGAUGAUGAAAGAGGAGAGGGAAAACUCCGCCGGGAGCGCGGACACAAGCGCCAUUAAGCUGUUUGGUAAGACGAUUGCCGUGAACAGCGGGGUGAGUGAUUCGCAGGAGACCUCCACGAAAGCCGGAACAUCAGCCGAUGCCGCUGUCGUGCAUCCCUGCGCCUCUCAGGCUGGUAGCGAAGAGGUGGACGGUGCAUCCACGCAGUCGGAAGCGGAUGAGAUGGGGAGUUCCAUAUGCAAUGAAAUUCGAAAUGUCGAGGCUCCCAAGGAUGCUCCGCAGGAAUCGCAAGUCUCCUCUGAGAAGCUCGCUUCAGAAACAAUGACUGUAUCGACAUCCAUUCAAGCACCGGCCGCUGCGGUAGCACAAGAGAAGCAGCGUCCCUUGACUGUUGAGGAGAAAAAGGAGCAAUGUGUACGCAAGCCUGACAAAUUGAUACCGUGCCCUAGGUGCGAUAGCCUUGACACGAAGUUCUGCUAUUACAACAAUUACAACAUCAAUCAACCCCGUCAUUUCUGCAAGAGCUGCCAGCGUUACUGGACUGCUGGUGGCACACUACGAAAUGUCUUAGUGGGGGCAGGGCGCCGGAAGAAUAAGUAUGGGUCGAGUCAGAUGAAACAGGAAGCGUCUGAGGGUGUAAAUUCUGGCAUCACUACUGUCCGGCUUGAUCACCAUGAAGGGGCACAGCCGAUGCUACCCUGUGCUAUCAACCCUUACGGUCUCAAAGUACCGCCAAUGAACAUACCCCAGCUUGCUGCUUCCUGCGCUUCGAGACAAGCUUCAGAGGCUCAAAGCACGGUCACCUCAUGUGGCAAGGAGAGUAAUAAGGUGUUCACUUCAGCCUCCGCUUUCAAGCCUGCAGGGCCCGAUGUUUCCAAUGAUUCAGUGUCCAAGCUGCGGCAGAGGACGAGGACGGACACUCCGGAGGGGAAAGAUGUUUCGAGCCCGGGGUCUAGCCCUUUUGUAUCUGAAUCACCCACCAGCCAUGUCUUGACUUCAAGAGUGCAACCUCAGCAGCAAGAAGUGCAACAGCAAGCGAUGUGGACGAAGAGCAAUCCCCAGCUUGGAUUUUUCAAUGGUGCGUGGCCUUAUGGGUACAGCAUUGGCUGGAGCGGUGCAGGACCGAUUCAUGGCACUCCUGCGAUGUGUAGCCCGCAUCCGGCCUCCUCGGGAACCACUUCUCCACCCUCGGGAAUGUGUCCAACUCCCGGGAAUGUGUGGACUGGUUUAUGGGCAUCAGGGAUGCCUGGGAUGCCGCAGGGGAUGGCUAGUAUGUCUGGAAUGUCUGGCGUUUCGGCCAUGCCGUUUGGGUGGAACAUGUGCCCAGGAGGGUGGACGUUGCCAUGGCGGCCUGUGCCUGCCGUUGCAGUGCAAGGUUCUGCUGAUGUUGUGGUUGUAAAUUCUGGGGGCUUUCGCAAAAGGGACGGUGCCAACGAUGAAGGUGUGAGGAAGAUGGCGAGGAUAGGGAGUCCGGAAGAGGUUGUGGUGUGAUCUUUGCAUUCUUUGCAGUUAAGAAAGGUUGAAGUCUUGCAACAGACUGAAUUGAGAAACAGAGAUGGGGAGGUGACCUGGAGGCUCUGCUUGUUUGGUUUAGAUUAUGAAGACGAGCACAUGCUUUCGGAAGGAGGUCGGGAGGAGUACAUAGCGGUAGAGAUUAGUGUAAACUACUCCUUAAUAAGUCUUCAAAUGAUUCUUAGCUCUGAGGCCAUAGUUUUUUUGCUUUUUUUGCCCUUUUUUUGCCUUUUCUUUUUCUUUUUCUUCCCUCUUCUUUUCCCGAGACGAUCGUCCGAUCUUUUAUAGUUGGAUAUAUUGUAACAUGAAAUUGCAUACUAUUUCAUCACCAUGUUAUUGCAUUCCAA